AUGGCGGACUACCUGAUCAGCGGUGCGGGCACCAGCUACCUGCCCGAGGACGGGCUCACGGCGCAGCAGCUCUUCGCCAGCUCCGACGGCCACAACGACUUCCUGAUCCUGCCAGGUUUCAUCGACUUCACAGCUGACGAGGUGGAUCUCACUUCAGCCUUGACCCGGGAGAUCACGCUCAAGACACCGCUCAUCUCCUCCCCCAUGGACACCGUGACGGAGGCCCACAUGGCCAUUGCCAUGGCUCUGAUGGGAGGCAUCGGUUUCAUUCACCACAACUGCACCCCGGAGUUCCAGGCCAACGAAGUGCGCAAGGUCAAGAAGUUCCAGCAGGGCUUCAUCACGGACCCGCUGGUGCCGAGCCCCUCGCACACGGUGGGCGACAUGUUGGAGGCCAAGCUUCGGCUCGGCUUCUCGGGCAUCCCGGUCACGCAGACGGGCGCCAUGGGCGGCAAGCUGGUGGGCAUGGUCACCUCCCGAGAUGUCGACUUCCUCGCCGAGAAGGACCACACUACGCUCCUCAGCGAGGUGAUGACACCGCGCCCGGAGCUGGUGGUAGCUCGGGCGGGCGUGACCUUGAAGGAGGCAAAGGAGAUCCUGCAGCGCAGCAAGAAAGGGAAGCUGCCUAUCGUCAACGACCGGGACGAGCUGGUGGCCCUCAUCACCCGCACCGACCUCAAGAAGAACCGGGACUACCCUCUGGCCUCCAAGGACUCCCACAAGCAGCUGCUGUGUGGAGCAGCCGUGGGCACCCGGGAGGACGACAAGUACCGCCUGGAUUUGCUCACUCAGGCCGGUGCUGACGUCAUAGUGCUGGACUCUUCCCAGGGCAACUCCGCCUACCAGAUUGCCAUGGUGUGCUACAUCAAGCACAAGUACCCCCAGCUGCAGGUGAUUGGGGGCAACGUGGUGACAGCGGCCCAAGCCAAGAACCUGAUCGAGGCUGGCGUGGACGGGCUGCGCGUGGGCAUGGGCUGCGGCUCCAUCUGCAUCACUCAGGAAGUGACUGCCUGUGGACGGCCCCAGGGCACCGCCGUGUACCAGGUGGCCCAGCACGCUCGGCGCUGUGGGGUGCCUGCGAUAGCUGAUGGCGGCAUUCAGGCCGUGGGGCACGUGGUCAAGGCCCUGGCUCUGGGAGCAUCUACAGUGAUGAUGGGCUCUCUGCUGGCCGCCACCACGGAGGCUCCUGGCGACUACUUCUUCUCGGAUGGGCUGAGGCUCAAGAAGUACCGGGGCAUGGGCUCGCUAGAUGCCAUGGAGAAGAGCAGCAGCAGCCAGAAGCGAUACUUGAGCGAGGGGGACAAGGUCAAGGUCGCGCAGGGCGUGUCGGGCUCCCUCCAGGACAAGGGCUCCAUUUACAAGUUCCUGCCCUACCUCAUCACCGGGCUCCAGCAUGGCUGCCAGGAUAUCGGGGCCCGGACAGAGCUCAAGUUUGAGAAGCGGACCAUGUCAGCCCAGCUCGAGGGUGGCGUCCAUGGCCUGCACGCUUACCAGAAGCGGCUGUAUUGA